UGCACGUCUGUGCUGCGGCCAUUAACCUGUUGUAACACUCUGUAUCUCACAUGUAUCUCGCGUGUUUGAUAUACUGUAUUAUAAAUAUAAUCAAAUAUAAUCGAAGAGUAAAUAUUUAAAAUAAAAAUGGAAGAACAGAGAAAACGAGUCGAAGAUCAUAUGACGAAAAUGGUCGAAGAAAUCGACAAGAUGUAUUUACGGAAAAUGCAGAGGGAUAUGCAUAAAUGUGCUGCACAAUGUUGUGAAAAUGAAUCAUAUAGCAUACAAAAAGUACAUACUUGUGUGGAGAAUUGUAGUUCCUCUUUGAAUAAAGCACAACAAUACGUUCAAGGAGAGUUUGAACGAGUACAGAAUCGCUUACAAAGGUGCAUAAUGGAAUGCAAUGAUAAUAUAAAAGAUAAAAUGGGUCCAAACCCGACUCAGACUGAAGUGGAUAGAUACAGUGAAGAAUUUGAAAAAUGUGCCACCAAAUGUGUAGACUCUUAUUGCGAGUUACUACCGAGUUUGGAAAAAACUAUGAAGAAAAUCCUUAGUAAAAAUGAAUUCUCGUAACAUUUUUUUCACUUGGGAAAUAAAUAUCAACUGCCUUUCA